UGUGUGUGGGGCUGAGCUGAGGCUGCUGGGAGCCAAGUUCACUGUCCUAGCUGAUCACCAUGGCUGGUGUCCUGCAGGUAGUCCUGGCCACUCUCCUCCUACUGCCUGUGGCCACCACCAUGCACUCUGACUGCAUCUUCAAGAAGGAGCAAGCUAUGUGCCUGGAGAAGAUCCAGAGGGCCAACCGCCUGCUGGACUUCAAUGAUUCCUCCCCAGGCUGCCCUGGCAUGUGGGACAACAUCACGUGUUGGAAGCCUGCCCACGUAGGAGAGAUUGUCCUGGUCACCUGCCCUGAUCUCUUUCGAAUCUUCAACCCAGACCAAGAUGCAGGAGUGGUGAGCCGGAACUGCACAGAGGAUGGCUGGUCUGAGCCCUUCCCACAUUACUUUGAUGCUUGUGGGUUUGAUGACUAUGAGCCUGAGACUGGGGACCAGGACUAUUACUACCUUUCGGUGAAGGCCCUCUACACGGUCGGCUACAGCACCUCCCUUGUAACCCUUACCACUGCCAUGGUCAUCCUGUGCCGUUUCCGGAAGCUGCAUUGCACCCGGAACUUCAUCCACAUGAACCUGUUUGUGUCCUUCAUGCUGAGGGCCAUCUCUGUCUUCAUCAAGGACUGGAUCUUGUAUGCUGAGCAGGACAGCAAUCACUGCUUCAUCUCCACCGUGGCCUGCAAGGCUGUCAUGGUUUUCUUUCACUACUGCGUGGUGUCCAACUACUUCUGGCUGUUCAUCGAGGGACUGUACCUCUUCACGCUGCUGGUGGAAACCUUUUUCCCAGAGAGGAGAUACUUCUACUGGUACAUAAUCAUUGGCUGGGGAACUCCUACUGUGUGUGUGACGGUGUGGGCCACUCUGAGGUUCUACUUCGAUGACACGGGCUGCUGGGAUAUGAAUGAUAGCACAGCUCUGUGGUGGGUGAUCAAAGGCCCUGUUGUUGGCUCUAUCAUGGUUAAUUUUGUGCUUUUCAUUGGCAUCAUCGUCAUCCUUGUGCAGAAACUUCAGUCUCCAGACAUGGGUGGGAACGAAUCCAGCAUCUACUUCAGCUGCGUGCAGAAAUGCUACUGCAAGCCACAGCGGGCUCAGCAGCACUCUUGCAAGAUGUCAGAACUGUCCACCAUUACUCUACGGCUGGCCCGGUCCACCCUGUUGCUCAUCCCUCUGUUUGGAAUACACUACACGGUCUUCGCCUUCUCUCCAGAGAAUGUCAGCAAGAGGGAAAGACUUGUGUUCGAGUUGGGCUUGGGUUCCUUUCAGGGCUUCGUGGUGGCCGUGCUGUACUGCUUCCUGAAUGGGGAGGUGCAGGCAGAGAUCAAGAGGAAAUGGCGGAGCUGGAAGGUGAACCGCUACUUCACCAUGGACUUCAAGCAGCGGCACCCAUCUCUGGCCAGCAGCGGGGUGAACGGGGGCACCCAGCUCUCCAUCUUGAGCAAGAGCAGCUCCCAGCUCCGCAUGUCUGGCCUCCCGGCUGACAAUCCAGCCACCUGAACCUCCCUUCCUGAGCCUCCCCUCUCCCUCUUCCUGCACAGGCUGGGGUUGUGGGCA